CUCGUUGAGCAUAACAGAAACAGGAAAGGAUAUUGACAAGAAGGUUCGUAAAAACAUUUUUCAAGAAGAUAAAUUUCGCUAUGGCUUUCGGAUUAACCCAGUGGCUCAUAUUGUUUACUGUAUUUGCGGUCGUUCUGACAGCUAUCACUUGGUCCGCGAUACAUAUGUUCAAAAAAGAAGAGCCACCACCAAAGAUCAUCACAGGUCCUAUUUAUAUAUAUAUCGACGCCGUUUAUGAAGUUGAGUGGAGAAAGAUUGCACUUUAUUCCCACUUAUUAAACGUGUCGUCGCGAGUGGUGGAAACAAGUUACCGAGAAGAUAAGAUGUUAGUCAAAAACGGCCAAAACGUAACACCAAACACGAUAUCACCAUUGGAAACAAUUCAUCGUGAACCGAUGAUAUCACCUACAACGCUUCCGACGGAAUUUUCAAAUUUGACUGACAAUCAUCAAUAUCUUAAACAGGCAUUGGUGCCGGUAACACCAAUACCAGUUCAGGUUUUGCAACACAUACAAACGGAGCAUUUAACACACAAAACAGAAUCAUUCGACAUAAUAAUAAUUAUGAAAAUCAAGUAUAGAUCAGUCUACCGGCCCGGUAUACCGUACAGACCUGACUACAGACCCUGAGCUUUUCGAACUCCCUCAAGAUGAAAAGAAUGGUAUGUCGAACGUGUCUGUAAUUUUCUCAUUCUUACAAACACAAGUGUCCGAUGACAGACUCACCAAAUAUGGUAGAAUGAAUGAAAAUAAUGCAUAUUAUACAGGAGGAACACGGCGUAGACAAAACCCUUAGCGUUUCUUUCACCUUGAUUAAGUUAACCGACGGUUAUGUAGAGCUUAUUUAAGCUCAGAUACACAAUUCAUUAUUAUUCGUUAUUAAAAUAAAUUAAAUCUCGGUUCAAAAUUAAUCAUGAGUUGUGAAACUGAGCCUAAAUGAGCACCAUGUAACCGUCGGUUAGCUUAACCGAGGUUGGUGAAAGAAUCCUUAGAAAAUAACACGUUAUUAUAAUUAUCACCUUUAUUU